AUUUCUGUAAUUCAUCUCAUCGAUCUCAUGAUAAGAUAUCCCAUACAUGGACAAACUUUGGAUAAUUCCCUUGUUAACUCGCUAGAUUUGGUGAAAUGGAGACUGAUGAAAACAAAAAGGCUUUAGAGAUUACAAAAUCAGAAGUUUCCUCAAGUACCCCUGUAAGAAAUUCUCCUUGUCAUAAAUCGGCACAAAUCGAUAUAAACACCACAAUAAAUGAAAAUACUUGUUGUCAACCGGUCUCAACAAAUAAUUCUAUAACAGUGUUAUAUACAAGAUGUACAUUGGACGCUCCAGUCUCUUCUGUGUGUCAAAAACAUAAUUUAAAGGAUUUCAACUUGCCUACUUGCAAACAGAUUGAUUCUGAAAACACUUUGAAGAAUGUAUUACCAAGUGAACAAGGGUUACCUGUUCAACACAAAUGCAGUGCCGAACAGCAGUUGAUGAGUUCAAAGGAAAUGACAUCAUCACAAAACACAGUCUUUACCUGUUCAGAGCAUUCAGAAAUCUCCCACCCUCCACUACCGACAACAGCAACAACAACAAAAACAACAACGGCCAUGUCAAUACUACCAUCCUCCCCAAAAGAUUCGUGUAUUAUUCCAACAAGCAGUGAUAAUAACUCAGAAGAACAACGUAGUGAGUCUAAAUCUUCAGCACGAACUAGUCAGAGUGCAAUGGCGGACUCAGUUUCCAACGUAAUGACGUCAGAUGUGAUUACAAAAGAAGUGAAGACAACGUCAUUCUCUUCUUUCCAUUCACAAUAUGAACAUUCGCCAGCAUUAACAGAGUCACUAGGAACAUCCAGUAGAGAUUCUUCUUUGUCAAGUCACUUAGACACCAACACCUCUAUUCCAUUGCAUACUACUCUCACAAAUCACCCAAAACAUACAGCUAAUACAAACGUUACACAAACCUACACCCAUCCACAACUCGUUCCCAAAUGCCCCGUUAUUCCUCCUAUGGAAAUGAAUUUCUUUCGAUUUAUGUUUCUUAUUCUAAGAAGGGCGCCUAUAGCCGUGAGAACUUACUUUGACACCCGUCAUCCACCGUUACAGUUAAUGACAGAUCUGGCAAUCAAUAAAGAGUCUCUGUCUGCUCUGAGAGGGAAAAUUAUCUCCUCUCAACAAUGGAAGACCCUUUACCCUCCUUCAGGAUAUGUCAACUCAAGGCAUUUUGAUGUCACAUUGCUGAUUCUCCUCUUACGUUAUAUGACGAAUGUUCCUGCUCCUGUGACCGGUUUUGACAAACUUCCAGUACAAACAGAUGAUAGUGUUGGAGCAGACCUUGCAAGGAUAAAGCACUACAGGAACCUUGUUUCCCAUUCAAACAAUGCAAAACUUACAGAGGAAGAUUUCAAUGACUAUUGGACAGAAGUUGAAAAAGUUAUAGGAAGAUUAGGCGGUGAAGCUCAGCUGCUAGAAGCUAAGUCAUUGAAGGAAUCUCUUAUUGAAGAAAAAGAUAGGGAGUUGUUGUUAGAAAUAAACGAACUAAGAGCCCAGUACCAAGAUACUAUCCCACGAAAUAUAAAAGAGCAAAUCAGUGACAAAUUAGAUAAAUGGUUAGAAGAGGACACUAAAUUUUAUGAAACCCGAGCAUGUAUAGAAGCUGAAAAGUUGAUUCAAUCCGAAAAAUGUGUGACUGUUACUGGAAAUGCUGGAGCUGGAAAAUCUGCCAUUGUACAUCACAUUGCAUUAAAAAUGCAAAGAUAUAAUUAUGUCGUUCUGCCAAUAAAAGUUCCAAGCGAGUUUCUACAAUAUUUCGAUGCGCAUUCCGAUCAAAUAUUUGUCAUAGAUGAUCCAUGUGGCGAGAAAUGUUUAGACGUUCAUUUAGCAAAUGAAUGGAAAAGAUAUGAAGAUGAUAUAAUACGUUCUCUAUCAAAAAACGACAAAACUCGACUACUGAUCUCAUGUCGACUUUCGAUUAGUCGUACACAUCAUUACAAGGAUAUUAAUCUGUUUGAUGAAGUCGAGGGCGAAAUCGUCAAUCUAGUGUCUGCGAAAUUUUCACUCACAAGAGAGGAAAAGAUGGCCAUCUAUAAAUCCCAUACAAGUGACGAAUUUCAGCUCAGCAAAAAAAUUCUAGACUUGCAUGAUUGCUUCCCCUUGUUAUGCAAACUUAUAUCAACCAAUAUGAAAUUUAAGAAAAACAUAAAGCGUUUUCUGAAGUUUCCUUAUAAAGAGUACGAUCAUGAACUGGAUGUACUGAGACACCAUCCGACGCCGUACGAAUACUGUGCUCUUGCAUUGUGCAUCUUCUUUGACAACGGAAUCCAACUUUCACAUUUACAAAAAGGGAAAGAUGAAAAGGUCGACGAAAUAUUUGAUGAAGUUUACGAGGAGUGCUGUCUAGAACAGGGUACUUCCAGGAAGAGAAUAAAACUAGCUUUGGAAGCAUUGACAGAUUCCUUUAUAAUAAAGGACGAUGAUGCUUAUAAAUUACUACAUGCCAAAUUGACAGAAAUUAUAGCAUGUCAUUUUGCAAAAGAAUCUCUUCAUCUCUUGAUAAAGUUUGCUCCUAUGUGGAUUUUGGAUGCAAGACUUAGAAAUCCGAGUUGCAUGUCCAUUAAAGAUAUAGAUGAAAGUGGAUACUUUAUCCUCCUAAAUUCACUUUGUAAACCUGUUCUUGCUGAAAGAAUAUUAAAUUGUUUGGAAUCAGAGAGCAUCUGUUCACAUCAAAAGGAUUCUAUGAAACAAAUGGAAGAUGUUUAUGAUUUGCUUUUUAAUUUUUGCUUUCCCGAUGAUCAAAUAGAAACACUCUUAUUCGACGGAUUGAAGUCAAAUGGAAAAUUAAAUUUCCUUUUGCAUAAACGAAAUUGUAUCGAAAAUCCAAGAAUUAUGGAUUACAUAGAAUAUAAAAAGGAAUUGAAAGAACAGGAAUACGAAAAGGAGGAACUAAAGGAACUUGAAAUGGUCCAUCAGAAAAAUUGGAUACCGGUUCGUUCGAUCACAAGAAUAAUAGCUGUCUACAAUGGAAACAUGCCAAACUUUUACAGAAAUGUAUCAGCGAGACAACUUCUUGAAAUCAAUGAAAAUAACUUUCUUUUUUGGCUAGUUGGUGCGGGGUGGACUAAUUUCUUGGUCCGGUCAUUAGAGGUUGCUGACACUGUGUUAAAGGAUGAGUUAUUUAUAUGUAAAAACUCAGCUUUUCUUCUGUCAUUAUUCAGUGGGAAUGUACAUAUGGUAAAAUUCUGUUUUAAACUGUUAGGUCCAGAUUUCAAUGGGACAUAUACCUGUUUUCUUUGUAAACAGACUUGUGAUUCAUCGAAACAUCUAAGACAUAAUUGUCUUGUAGAAGGCCUAAAUUUUGUAACUGUGCCAUGUUUGAUUGGGAAGAAAGAAAUUUUGGAGUUUCUUCUCACAGAAAGAAUUUGUAACAGGGAUGACUUAAACAAAUUUGUUUGUUAUCAAUACCAAUCAGUAACACCACUUACUGCAGCCUGUAAAAUUGGUCAUACUGAUAUAGUUAACUUACUGAUUCAGAAUGGAGCACUUGUUAAUCUGAAAGACAAAAACGGUAAUACUCCUCUUGUUGUAAGCUGUGAAAAUGGAAACAACAAAGUUGUGCAAUUGUUAGUGGAAAAUGGUGCGGAUUUAGAAGAAAAAUGUUGUUUAGACAUGUUUAAAAGCGAAUUUAUUCUAGAUACUUUUGAAGAUGAACUGGAAGAGGAAGGUUGGUCAGCACUUUGGUGGGCGUGUUACGGUGGUUAUUUAACAAGUGUCUCAUAUCUGCUUGAUAAAGGUGCAGAUAUUCACAAUACAAAUAAAGCAGGCAAAACUCCACUCUGGGCUGCUAUACAAAGUAAGAAUUAUGAGGUGGUAGCUUUACUCAUGAAAAAAGGCUUGAAUGUAAAUGAACAAGAUAAGAAUGGAAGAACACCAAUAUGGUGGGCUUCAAAUGUAGGUCAACACGAAAUUCUAUACCUCUUUCAGGGUCUAAAAGGAGACGUCAAUAUCUACGACAAUAAUGAUAUAUCCCCAUUGUACACAGCAUGUUACAGGAACAAUAUCAAAACUGCAGAGGUGUUGAUAAAACACGGCGCUAAAAUUAAUGCAAAUCAUCCAUCGCAACCUUCGCCAUUAAUUGGUGCGUGCUGUAUGAAAGACAUCGAAUUGGUUUCCCUUCUUAUUGGAUCUGGUGCCGAUGUUAAUAGUAUAUUUGAAGGAAUUUGUUCUCCUCUCUCUAUUGCAACAUGGUCGUCUUUCGAGAGUGGAAUGACAAUAUUACUAGAAAACGGUGCUAAAAUCAACAUGAAGUUGAAUAAGGGACAAACUGUACUCAUUCAAUGUAUAUGGAAUAUUGAUAAUUUUGCUAAAAAACUCCGUUACAGAUUACAUGAUAUAAAAGCUUUUGACGAUUUAUGCUUUAAUUUUUAUCCUGAUACGUCAGAAGAUUUUCCUGCACUUGUGUCUCUUUUAAUCAAAUACGGAGCUGAUCUGAACUGUCAAGAUGACAAUGGAUUAACAGCACUAAUGGGUGCCGUCUUAUACAAUAGAGAAUGUACAAAACUUCUGUUAGAGAAUGGAGCUAGUGUUAAUUUGCAAGAAAAGGACUCGCGGACCGCUUUACAUAAUGCAUGUCUAAGACGGAACCAUGCAACAGUUUUAUUGUUAACAGAAUACGGAGCAAGUAUAGACGCGAAAGAUGUCCAUGGAUUCACGCCAUCACAUAUUGCAUGCGAACUUUUAGAUGAAAAGACAAUCAAAAUUCUUUUAAACAAAGGAGCAGACAUUAAUGUAAUUGACAACAACGGAUUUACCCCAUUACUUCGUUUACUUUAUCUUGAAGCAUCUAAAAAAGACAGUAAAAAAGGCAAUAAUUUUAAUGGAAAUGAUGAGGAAAAAAGAUCAAAUUGUGUGGUUGCCAUCGCUCUGAAGCUUCUAGACCAUGGUGCUGACCCGAUGGUUCGUGCAUUGGAUUGCGAUGCAUGGUUUUUGGCAAAAGUAUUGGACUAUAAAAAUCUUACCGAGGCGUUGUGUGAGAAAAUAGAUGAAAUCAAUGCUACCGGUAAAUACUAAAUACGAACGAAAAGGUUACAAUCUUAUGCAGGAAUUAAUAAUUAAUAAAAAAUAAUAUUCAAAACCUCAUGACCAAUAGGUUUAAACUGAUUUAGUGUUUAAAUUCAAAUAGACU